UAUCACGAUGUGGGGGAACAUGGUAAGGUCGCGGAUAUGGAAAGCAAAGCUCCUCAACACUGUCACAUCCAGGUCUAAUGGAUCUUGCAGCGGUGUAUCUGCGAAGAAAUGGACGCGACCCAGAGGGUUUGACACUGGUUUAAAGACUUUUAACAGCCUGACUAAACAGAAAGAACCCCUCAUUCUGGCAAGAGAGGGAGUAGCUACCUGGUACAGCUGUGGACCUACCGUUUACGACCAUGCACACCUGGGUCAUGCAUGUUCAUACGUUAGGUUCGAUGUCCUGCAGAGGGUUUUGUCUAGACUAUUCGGAAUCACUGUCAUCCAUGCUAUGGUCAUCACUGACAUCGAUGACAAAAUUAUUAAAAGAAGUUUGGAGGAAAAUGUGUCCCCCACAAUCAUAGCAAGAUUAUAUGAGGAUGAAUUCAAGAAGGAUAUGCUGUCAUUAAAGGUGAUUCCUCCUGCAGUGUAUUUAAGAGUCACUGAGAAUGUGCAUCAUAUUGUCACAUUUAUCGAGCGGAUCAUCAAAAAUGGACAUGCAUAUGCCACACAGGAAGGGGAUGUGUAUUUUGACAUUCAGUCCAUCGGAGAUCGUUAUGGCAAGUUUGUAGGAGCUGUGGAUUCUCAUGUAGAAGCUGGCAGCUCGAAUAAAAAAGACUUGAGGGACUUUGCUCUGUGGAAGCAAUCCAAACCUCAGGAACCAUACUGGGAUUCCCCCUGGGGCAGAGGAAGACCUGGCUGGCAUAUUGAAUGCUCUACCAUCGCAAGCUCUGUGUUUGGGAGUCAGUUGGAUAUCCACUCUGGAGGCAUUGACCUGGCCUUUCCUCACCAUGAGAAUGAAGUUGCUCAGAGUGAAGCUUAUCAUCAGUGUGAACAGUGGGCAAAUUACUUUUUGCACUCAGGGCAUUUACAUCUCAAAGGCAAUGCAGAGAAAAUGUCCAAAUCUCUAAAGAACUUUAUUGCCAUCAAGGAUUUUCUGCAGUUUUACUCUGCCAAUGAAUUCCGGAUGUUUUGUCUUUUGACAAAAUACAGAUCAGCUAUAGACUACAGUGACAGCAGCAUGUUGGAGGCUCGGUCCUCUCUGGGAACAAUUUUCACCUUCUUUCAUGAUGCUCAGGCCUACAUGAAGGGCCAGCUGCAGUGUUCAUCUGUACAGGAAGCCUUUCUCUGGGAGAGGUUGGCUGAGACUAAAGCCAGUGUAGUGACAGCUCUGGCAGAUGACUUUGACACCCCAAGAGCCAUCAGUGCUGUAAUGAAUCUGGUUUAUCAUGGGAACUGCCAGCUACAGCCUGUUUCAAAAUCUGAUGGAGUGGCUCGAAGUCCAGCAGUGUUUGGAGCGAUGACCGGCUACAUCAGGGAUGUCUUGGACAUGUUUGGGAUAGAUCUGCAGCACACUAAGGGGCAGGACGCUGAUGUGAAUAGUAGUUCUCGGAGUCUAGAGGCCGUUGUUGAGCAGCUGGCUAAUUUCAGAAGUGAAGUUCGAGCAUUUGCGCUUGCCUGUCAGGAUGAUCCAACCAUCAGAACUCCCAAGAAACCUGGACUUUACCCAGAGAGAAUCCCACUCCUCAAAGCCUGUGAUAGCCUGAGAAAUGACCUGGCACCACUGGGUAUACUGAUAAAGGAUAGAGGAGCCACCUCAACAUGGGAGAUAACUCAAGGUCAUAGAGGGCAAAAAGUCCAAGACAAAGACCCAGAGACAUCCAGUUGAAAUCCACCUCUGAGACUGAAUCAUCAAGACUUGGAUCAAUAAAAACAGACCAAACUAUGCUAAUUUCAUAACAGCAGAAAGGCCUGAUGUACCUCUCACA